AUGGAGAAUUUGUUUCGUCUAGCUGAUCACCAAGAUUUUAUCUCACGCCGUUGCAUUUGGGUCAAUGGACCUGUGAUCAUUGGCGCAGGUCCAUCUGGCCUAGCAACGGCGGCAUGUCUUAGAGAACAAGGAGUUCCCUUCAUUGUUCUCGAAAGAGCUGAUUGUAUAGCAUCACUAUGGCAAAGAAGAACCUAUGACAGAUUGAAACUUCACCUCCCUAAACAAUUCUGUCAACUACCUAACCUUCCAUUCCCUGAUGAUUUCCCUGAAUACCCUUCAAAGAAACAGUUCAUAGACUACCUUGAAACAUAUGCCAACAAAUUCGAAAUCAAGCCGCAAUUCAAUGAAUGUGUUCAAUCUGCUAAAUAUGAUGAAACAAGUGGAUUAUGGAGGGUGAAAACCAAUGAAGUUGAGUAUAUUUGUAGAUGGCUUGUUGUUGCUACCGGCGAAAAUGCUGAGUGUGUUACUCCUGAUAUUGAAGGACUUUCUGAAUUCAAAGGUGAAGUUGUUCAUGCUUGUGAUUAUAAGUCAGGUGAAAUUUUCAAAGGAAAGAAAGUUCUUGUGGUUGGUUGUGGAAAUUCAGGAAUGGAACUCUCACUUGAUCUUAGCAACCACCAUGCUUUACCUUCCAUGGUUGUUCGUAGCUCGGUUCAUGUGUUACCGAGAGAAAUAUUUGGAAUAUCAACAUUCGAAUUAGCCGUUAUGAUGUUAAAGUGGCUACCACUUUGGAUUGUUGACAAACUUCUUCUAAUUUUGACAUGGUUCAUUUUGGGUGACAUGGAAAAGUUUGGUAUAAAAAGGCCUUCAAUGGGACCUUUGGAGCUGAAGAACACAGAAGGAAAAACACCUGUUUUGAAUAUUGGUGCCUUGGAGAAAAUUAGAUCCGGAGAUAUAAAAGUUGUCCCUGGAAUCAAGAAGUUUAACAAAAACGGUGUAGUCGAGCUUGUUAAUGGUGAAAAGAUUGAUGUUGAUGCAGUUGUUCUUGCUACUGGAUAUAGGAGUAAUGUCCCUUCUUGGCUUCAGGAAGGUGAAUUUUUCUCGAAAAACGGAUACCCAAAGAUGCCAUUUCCACAUGGUUGGAAAGGAAAUUCAGGACUAUAUGCUGUAGGGUUCACAAAGAGAGGGCUUUCUGGUGCUUCAUCUGAUGCUGUUAAAAUUGCACAAGAUAUUGGAAACGUUUGGAAACAUGAGACUAAACAGAAGAAACAGCGCAAUACAGCUUGUCAUAGACGCUGCAUUUCACAGUUCUAA